GAUGAGGAAAAAUUUUAAAACUUAAAUUUGCAACGCCCUCUCGCGGUGAUUUUGUAUCAAAAAAUACAUCGUGAAUGUGGCGUGUGUUGUUUGGAUUAUUGUGAGUCGUAAAAUGAGAAACGCUUUCGGUGGUUAUCUAAUUCUGGAUUUAAGUGUUCUUUUUCUGUGUUAAAAUAUUAAUCUGUCUAGAAACUAUUUGUGAAUAUAAAAAGACAGACAUAAAAAGUGCGUUACUUUUGGUAUUUUGUCAUAGGUUGCAUGCCUGACUUGGGGUCUUGAAGAGGACAAAAAAAAUAAUCAGUUAUUCUGAUGGUAAAUUUAUAAUGCUAAAUAGACAUAACCAGUCUUCCGGCUCAUUGGUACAUUUUCUCUAUACAAUGAGGUGCCUUAUAAACAAAUUUAUCUAUUAAGCUCUAAAUCUGAGAUACAUCAUUAUGUUUACUAGAGCUGAGACUGAAUAAUAUCAUUAUGAGUCAUAAUAUGGCUGGAAUGCCAUCGUACAGGCUGCCAGGCCCUGGGUUAGGACCUCCUGAUUUCAAGCCUCCUAUGGAUACUCCAACACCACCUGUUUCAGCUCCUAGCAAUCCGAAGAAAAGAAGAAAAACUUCAAAUGCUAAUAAUGCUUUAACACCUCAACCUCCACCCACUGCACAAGACCUUCUGCCACCACCACUUACAGGGUAUGGUGACACUAUUGUGGCAUCAAAUCCUUUUGAUGAUUCCCCUUCAACAGUUUCCCAUAAUGGACCAAUGAUGAACCAGAACGGUCCUAUGAUGAGUCAGAAUGGACCAAUGGGAAUGAUGGGACCUAUGCACAGUAUGGGUGGACCACCAAUGAGACAUAUGAGUCCAUCCCCCCAUAGUAUGAGUCCAAUGAUACAACAAAUGCCACCAAGAGGCGGAAUCAGUCCCAUGGGAAAUAUGAGUCCGAUGGGUCAUAUGGGAGGAAUGUCACCUAUGGGGGGACCAAAUAUGGGUAUGAGUAAUCACAGUAUGGGCCCGGGAAUGGGUCCAAAUUCAAGAUCAAUGGGCAGUCCAAUGAGUCCCAUGAAUUCAAUGCCAAUGGGCUCACCAAUGUCUUCUGGUCCUAUGGGAAGUCCUAUGAAUAUGGGGUCUAUGGCUGGUAGCCACAUGAGUAAUAGUCCGAUGGGUCCACCUAUGCACAGCCCCCUUGGUGGGGGGUCAAUGAAUGGUCCCAUGGGUGGUGGAGGACCUGGUAUGAACGUACCUAGAAUGAAUGGGCCAAUGGGACCUAGCUGCUCUAAUGGUUCUAUGGGACCUACAAGUUCUAUAAUGUCAUCUAACCCAAUGCAAAGUGGAGGAAUGGGCCCUGGUCAUUGCGGCCCAAUGAGGCAUGGUAGUCCCAUGGGUUCAGCAAUGGGGAGUGGACCUAUGGGUGGUAAUGGACCGAUGACAUCUAUGGGACCUGGACCCCCAUAUGGAGGAGGUCAUAUUGGUCACGGUGGACCCAUGGGAAUGGGAGGAAAUGGUUCAAUGGGUAUGGGUCCAGGACCAGGUAACAUGGGUAAUUGUGGACCAUUAGCUGGUAUGAGUGGAAUGGCUAUGGGAGGACCUGGAGGACAAGGCGUCGGUCCCAUGGGACAGGGAAUGGGAAUGUUUGGACCCAAACCAAUGCCUGUCAGUGCUGGUAAAGUGUAUCCCCCAGAUCAGCCAAUGGUUUUUAAUCCUCAGAACCCCAAUGCACCUCCUAUUUAUCCAUGUGGAGUGUGUCAUAAAGAAGUUCAUGAUAAUGAUCAAGCAAUCUUGUGCGAAUCAGGGUGUAACUUCUGGUUCCAUAGAGGGUGUACUGGUCUAACAGAGCCAGCGUUUCAAUUAUUGACAGCAGAAGUAUAUGCAGAGUGGGUGUGUGAUAAGUGUCUGUCAUCUAAGAAUAUUCCCCUUGUGAAGUUUAAGCCAUAGCGCUACGCCGCACCACCUUCACCUCUCUUAAUGCCUCCUAUUUGAGUUGCAUAUAUUUUAUACACUUUGGGCAUAUUGGGACAUUUUUAAAAUAAUGGACUGUAAGAAUAUAUUUGUCAGAGAAAAGGCAAUCUAGUCCCUGUGUCUGUAGCAGAUAACUCAUCACAACUAUUUAUUUCACUUCAUUCGCUAAAAAGGACACUAAUCAUAAGGAAUCGUAAUACAUAGCUUGGGCAAGUAAUUGGUUUGUGAAUAGUCUUAUUAAGAAAGAUCUCAUGUUGGAUAGUUGCAUAAAAUUAGGAAACUAUAUGUAUGAAUAUGAUUUGAAGACUUGAGUAAAAAAUUGUUAUAGAAUCAUUGCCUCAUUUUGUGUUUUCCAUUUGUAAUUAUGUAGUUUUGUGUGGAAGAAAAGAAAAUGCAGACGGUCCUGUUGUCUAGUCUGUAACCUUAUAUCAUUUAUUUAUUUUUAAUAUUAGGAAAAUGCAAUUAGUAUUGAAUAUACAUAGAGCAUGUUCCUGUAUUAGGCAUAUCUAUUAAAGCAAUUCAAUGUUAUAUAUUUCCUAUUUGGAACAUAAUACUAUUAAAUGGACACUAAACUCAUGGUCGAGCAAUAUGAUGACUGCUCAAGCAGUUUUUCGAUGCCUGUUGUGUGCCGCUUUAGUCUCUGUGCAUAUUGUAAAUAUAUAUCCUAGAUAAGUAACUAUGUAGUUAUAAACACUUUCCGCCUUAUAAGUGGUGACCUUUACUUAUGUGUACAGUCAACUUUAAAUAAAGUAGACCAGUCGAAUAUUACUUUUGGCAUUGGUGACACCUCAUAAGAUUUUAUUGCCUCUUAUCAUUAUUAUUAAAGUGGUGCCACCGUGCUGUCUCUUAAAGUAAGAAUUGGGCGAUUGUUAGUUUUGCAAUUAUAUAAAGUACUUAUUAUUUUGGUGCCCUCAUUUUGCUUGUAAUAUGCGCAUUUUACAUGUAAAUAGAAUGAAUCCAUACGCUUUGUUAAAAAUAAGAGUGUUAAUGUGUUUGUCAAUUUCUUUAACUUUUUGGAGUUUUUUUUUUAAUAAUUGUAGGUAAUGUAAAUAUUGUAAGGGUAGUUUUUAUUUUAACUGAGAUUAUAAUGUGUCGGCGAAUAGGCUCCACAGAUUCGCGCGGUUGUGACUUAACUUGGGUGUAGCCUUCAGCUAGAAUAUUUUAUUGAUAAAAUUAUGUAGUAAUCUAAAAUGUCAUUAUUUUUGCGUCAGAAAUAGUGUAAAUAUAAUAUUAAAAAAUGCAGGAUAUGUCUCUCACUGAUCAAUAAACCAGAUAAAUCAUGAUAGUCUUGUAACAUUUUUAAUUUUAAUAUAAUUAGGUAUGUAUUUUACUUUAUUUGAACAGAAGUAUUAUUUACAGAAUGGACGGAAUAAUACCUUUUUAAUUAGGAAGUUGCCUAAGUUUUGAAUUGGAUUUUAGUUUUGUACCUACAAUAAGGUUUGUAUAAUGGUGAUUUAUAUGAAACAUUUGUGAAAGAGAAUUUUAAUCAAUUGUAAAAAAUCCUUAUAAUAUAUUUUAUAAUUCAACUGCGACGACGAAGAAAUAAGAUUGGUUGGGUGAGAGAGUCAUUCGUUAUCUCUCUUACUCUACUGUCGUCUUUUUGUACUCUUUUAUAAAAACAAAAACGGAAGAUAAGGUACGGUCAUUUUAGCAUCAAAUAUGUUCCUACUCAACUACAUAAGCAACUCUCACACACGCACACUUCUGUAAAUAAACAUUCAAUCGAGCGGGCGAGACAGAAAUGUACCCCUAGCACGAAUCACUAUCGAUAUUGGAAUAGUUUGCGAGUGCGAAAUAUAUACUGUUUUGUAUGGAAACUUGAACGUUUUCAUACAAAAUUUGAAAAUGACAUUUCGGACUCGCAAAGGAUACGAAUUCGAUAAGGGGUUCGUGCUAAGGGUACUGUACGCAUAAAACGCAGCGCGAGCGAAGCGGCGAGUCCGCGUCGCUCGGCAGUCAGUUGCCAUUCGUUGUUGUCGUUUUCUUUUCUCUCUGUAUAAAUGGUCAUGCUCUAUUGUUGUUCUUUUCUUGAUAACCAAUGGCGAAUUUUGUAAAUAACAUUCAUGACAAAUCCUGAUUUUUGAGAAAAUAAUGUUUUUAUAGUUUUACAAAUGAAAAGUGUUGCCGUGGAAUUUGUUAUUUAUCUUGAAGUAUUUGUGUUCUUUUUAAAAGCAUCGAAGGCAUUGUUUUGUCUUUAUAACACAGCAUAUACGCAAUAUUAUUGCACAUGCAGCGUGUUUGGAUGUCAAAUUGUGACUAAAGCGUAUUGUGUUCAUGCACCACAAUUUAAGCGGUACACUUUUGAGGCGCAAGUGCCGUAUCUUCCAUUUUUGUUUUAAUGUAAGUGGUUACUGUUUAACAUUGAACGGAAAUCUUUAUUCUCGCAACACCUACUUUACAUUAAUUUUUAUAAUUGAAUUUUUUUGUUUACUUACAAUAUAACAUCGAGGGUCUAUCUUUAAUACAGUUGAUUCUAUACUGUAAAUUGUUAUAGUAUUCAAUUGUUUUGAAUCAUUAAUUACUCCUUUGGGGUUGUCCAUUAAUCACGUGAGGCUCGAAAGUCCGUAAAAAAACACGAAAUAUCACAAGGGGGGAUGGUGGGUGUAGUAAUAUAUCACGUGUAUUUACGUGGUCCUAGGAUACUGUAUAUAUAAAUUGUUCAGUUUCUUUCAUUAUAUUGAUGUCAGUCAAAAACAACAUUUCUGUCUACCUCUAAAAGUUUAAAAAAAUAAGAUUCUUUGUAGGUACUAAAAAUACACGUGAUAUGGGGUGGGGGGUGGCGGGCUAGACUUUAACCUCACCAUGUAUCACCAAGGAGGAGGGGGGGUUCAAAAAUGCCAAAAAAAACAUCACGUGAUUAAUGGACGGCCCCUUUAUGUGCUGAUUCUUAGAUGUUUUUAAUAAAAACUCAUCCUGAUGUCUCAUAUUAUUUUAAAGUAAUUUAACACGUGUAAUAUUUAUUCACUAUCAACAACAAUGUUUACAUCGCGCCUUCGAAUACACAACGAUUCGUUUUUAUACUGCCGCUACAUGUUCAUGACAAAUGGAGCAUAAUACCAAAUAACUUUUCAUGCAGUACUGCUAUCACUACGCAGUGUUUUUAUAUCGGGCCUGUUUUCUAUCACAUUAAAUUGAAUUUUUGGUUCUUACGUGACUCGAAUAGGGCAAAUGAUUCAUAAUUUAAAUUUGCUGCAAGUUAAGAAAAUAAUAUCUUUCGCAUAAACCUUAUUGCUUGAGAAAAUUUUAAAAUCAUAUUAUGUGAAAAUUAUUCAAAUCUACCUAACUAUUUAGUGAGUUUGUCAUAUACAUGUAUAAAAAAAAUCAAUACAUUUAAAAUAUCUAAGUCCCUAUAUUUUAUUAUUGAGCUGUAUUAUUUUUCUGGGCAACAUUGUACAAAAGGUAGUAUGUAUACGGACAAUGAAGUGCUGUCAGUCUCCUAUGUUAAAUUCUUCAAUCUAUUUGAUCUUUGAACCCUUGGACUAAUGUUGAAAAUCGAUUAUAGAUUUUUGUAGUCUAAUAAAUAAACAAUAAUAUCAGUUUACAGAAUUAUCAAUUUGCCUCAAUUUAUAUUAAUUUUCUCAAUUUAAUAAAUUGAAGACGUUUUCAUUUUUGGUGUGCUGCUGUCUAUAUAAAAUAAUGUAUAAUGGAAGAUAUAGGUGGAAACAUGUUCUGUAUUAUAACGUUUCUUUGUUGAAUAGCAAGUAAUGCUGUCAAUUUUUUUUUUGAAUUUCACAAAAUUUGUAACCGUUGAAGUGAAAAAUAUAUGUUAAACAAAAAUCAAUAAGUACUUGCAAUUUUUAAAAUAUAGUAGCUAAAGAACCUACAUAUACAAUUUUAUAACAUAUGUAGUUAUUUUAAUUAUCUUGUAUUAAUUGUAUGUAUGUUUUGAGAUAAAUGAUAGUCCAAUUUUUAAAUGAAGAAUUUUAUGGAAUUCAUUUAUAGAAGUAAAUCUCUAUUAUUGAAUACUUUUAAUGAAAACCCUCAAAUAAGUGUCUAAUUUAAUAAGACAAGUGUUGACUUUACGUAAAAAAAACAAAUAAAUAUGAAAAUUUGAUUGACUAAUUUAUGUAAGUACUUAAGUAUAAUAAAAGUGAAAAAUUUGCAUAGUUUUGGCAAAUAACAUGGUUUGAAUUGGAGUUUUAAUUUUUUCUAAGAAUCUUAUCGUUUUCUCAGAAUACAGUCUUUUCAUAAAUAAUAUUUCAUAAUUUCUAUAACGAGAUCUUAGUUAUAAAUUAAUAUGUAAACGAAGGCAUGGUUAAACCCUACACGAAAUACUACUUAAGUGAUUGGUACCUUUUUUAGACUCGUUUAUUUAUCUCAAACCAUAGAACUUGGAAAUUAAUUUUAAACUGCUUUGUAUUUGUUACUAUGUGAAUGUGUAUAAAUAAUCUAUUUUACCAUCAUCAUACAUUUUACUAUAGGAAUUCAAGGGAUUUUAUUGAUUAAAAUAAUUAACUCACAUUAAUAGCGGACUUUAUAUAUUACUAACACUGUGUAAGCGACCGACGCGGACGGGCCGCUACAGUCAAAGGUUUGGCGUGAGGUGAUUAUUUUGUCAAAUCAGAAACCGUUUAGAAAUCUAUGCAAUAUCGCAUAAAUCUUACCAUAGGCAUAAUGUGUUAAUCCGUAAUUAUUUUCCGACAUUAACAGUCGUCUGGCCGGGUCUUAGUUUAUCAAGUGCCUGCUACUAUAACUCAAUCCCUCCGGGUUAUGUUGGCCCAAGUGUCAGAAUGACCAGUGUGUUAAAAUGUCUAGGAAAUAUUACAACCACGUUUAAGCAUAUUUUUGUUUAAAUGACGUUGUUUUUAAACAAUUGUUCAACGCAUGACUAACUCUUUUUGUUGUGGUUCUAAGGUGAAUGUUUAAAAACCUGACAAUGUGAUUAUCGGUUCGCAAAAAAUUCAAACCUAAAUUUUCUAUAGGUAAUUAAAAAUUAAAAGGAUAUCAUGACAUUUUUUAAGUUUAUAUCAAAUUCACGAAUGAGAAUUUUAUAAGAUUGACCUGAGCAAAAGUAACUUAAAGUAAGUCUUAUAAUUUACGUGUUCAAUUUAUUAAUAUAAUGUGUAAUUUUAGCAAAGUUUGAACAGAAGGGAACGGGAAUAUAACUGGUUUCAGAAAGUGCUACUAAAGUUGAGUCUUGUGGUAAACUAAAUAAAGAAAGAGUUGUAUAAUAUAUGAAGCCUUUUGUCUAUAGAAGUGCUUUGCAAUACAUUGAAACGGAGCUACAUUUUUGGAAGCAUACUCAUUUUUCUGGAAACCCGAGGAUUGUUCUGGACUUUAACAAACCAGUCAUGCUCGUGCACAGACUAACCCCAGAGUGUGCCGCAUUUUUUUUAAAGAUUUUAUUGUUGUUCAAGCAUGUCUUGGGAAAUGCUUUUCUAUAUCGUUGUUUUCUAGAUGUAAUUAAGUAUUCACAGUGGUACCUGUACCUUCCAUGUUCUUCUGUUCUAACUUUAUUCUUCUCCGUUAAUCAUUUUGACAGUGUUAAAAUGAAAUAAUUUCAUUAAUGUAUGUACAUAAACAUUUAAAUUUAGUCAUCUUCAAUUACUGCUAAUAAAUUUGUACAGUUAAUUAUAAAUUAGAAGUUAAAUUGUCUAAGUAUCGGCCAUGAAUAUAAAUACUUACGAACUUUUAAUUGCCGUCAGAACAUCACAAUUGGUUCACGGGGACUGCUUCUAUUGUAUAUUAUUUUCAUGUAAAUGUUAUUAUCGGCGAUGCAACAUGAAUGAUAACAAGUUCUAUUUAAGAAUAUUUUAUAAAAUAAUAGAACGACGUCAGUGGUCUUAUACAUGUGCAUAGUUUAUUUUGUAUUAUGUGAAUAAUAACAAGCAAUAAUAAAAUUGUUAUCGACGAA